AUGAGUGAAAUAUUGAACAAUACAGAUAAUAUUUUAAGCAUAUUUCCCGCUUGUCUUAGAAAAAACAUAGAGGAAUUAUGUUUAAGAAGUACAGUCGGUUUUCUCCCUAUAAAUUUAAAUGAUAUUACAAUAAAUCAAGUUAGAAACAAUGUUGAAGAAAAUGCUUUCAACAAUUACCAUUUUAUUUUAAAAGUUCCUUAUGCAGGAAAAAGACUAAGAUGGGAAGUUAUAUUUGAUCCAGAAGAUUUCUACUUCGCUCCAGAUUUUAUUUUUAACGAUGAAGAGUUUUUGAAUUAUCCAGAUGUUGACACGCUUUCCGAAGUUGUUCCUAGCUGGACGAAUUGGAAUUUAAAAAAUCCCAAAGCUCUAGCACAGAUUCUUAAUGAGUUUUUGACUUUAUACAAAAAACACCAGAUCGAAAAAUUACACCUUGACAAUAUCUAUUCUCGCUACUCUGAGGAAUUCAAAAUUCUAACAAAGGGUACAGAAGGUAUAUCACCUGAGGAUAUUGAAGUUAGUGUAGAUGGCAAUACUUUACAUUUUCUGAUAUGUCUUAAAGUAGAUUGCUCAUCUUUACCAGAAUAUGUGCAACCAAUCAUAUACAAAGGAUCCAACUUAUUAGAUCAUAUGCUGUACAAUCAAGGAGAGGAUUUUGCACAUUUAGUCACAAUCUCCAAGCUAGAUGGUUCCCGCUCUACCCACUCCAUUCACCUAUCUCCUAGAUUAGAACAAGUAUUAGGAGGGUUCCGAUUCAAUACUACAGAUUUUAAGAAAGAUAGUUCACUGUCGGAUGUCGUCUCAUUGGUUUCCAAAACUCUAGACACACGAUUGCAGCAAGUUGCCGAUCAUUUUAAAUUGAAGAAAAUUUUUAUUACUAAUUUAGCAGCAGCUUGUUUUAGAAGUAUUAUUGAAUAUGAUGUACUCACUUACAAUAAGGCUGUUUUUAUUUAUAAUUUGGAUGACUAUAACUGUUUGGUGACAGUUACAAUAGGUCAGAAAUACCCUGUAGAAAAACCUGCUGUAGUACUGUCAUCGGUAUAUUGUCCGGAAUCAAAAGCUUGCAGUAACACUCUUACCAAAUAUCCCUAUAACCCCACGUUAAAGCCAGAAGUUAAUGUGGAACAUUUAAUAGAGUUCUUACACGAUGCCGUUCUGGAUUUCAAGAAUCAUAGACAUUAA